GUCGUGGCCGUCGUCGUCGUUGCUCCGUACAAAGCGAUGUAAAUCACAGAAUCCCUGGGUCCUGACGGAGCGAUUCCGACGACGUGUCGUCGUCGGUGCGUCGAGGAACGGCGCGAGGAUGCCGUCGAGUCGGUGGGAUCAUUCCAAAAAUUGGUACAUACCGAGUUUUGAAACACAAACGUUCAUAAAAUCUCGAGAAAGAUAUGUCGAAAUCUUAUUCAACGAUGAGGACUACGAUUAUAUGUGUGGUCAUGUAAUCGAUGGAAGAAAUUUGCUACCCGCGACGAGUUAUCUUGUAUUCGUUUGGCAAACUAUUGGUAUGAUGAAAGGUAUAACAUUCACAACAAUACCGAUAAUAUUUCGAGAUGUCAACUUUAUUCGCGCUACUCAUUUGACGAAAAGUGAUGCUAUAAAAUUGAUAAUUGCGAUACAGAAAGACGGGAAGUUUGAAAUAACCGAAGACGGUAACGUUGUGGUGACAGGUACAGUGCACGAGACAUUGAACCCAGAACAGGAAAUGAUUCGAACAGAUCUAUUACCGGCGAAUAACGACGAAGAAGAACAUAUGACUGCUCGAGAUAUCUAUAAAGAAUUGAGACUGCGCGGUUACCAGUACAGCGGCUGGUUUCGUGGAUUACAUAGCGCAUCUAUUUCAGGCAACAAAGGACAAAUCGUUUGGAAAACAAAUUGGGUAACGUUUAUGGAUACCAUGCUACAAAUGUAUAUUAUUGGAUACGAUACCAGGGACUUGUAUGUUCCGACGAGUAUUCAGAAAUUGGUGAUCAAUCCUGAGCUUCAUGCGUCAAAACUGCGGAAUAGCGCGACUGGCAUGGAAAAUUCGACAGAUAUAGAUAAAAAAUUACCGAUACAAAUAUACAGAGAACUAGACACGAUUAUAGCUGGCGGAAUAGAGAUUCGAGGCCUUAAAGCUACUCAGAUCUCUCGCCGGAGAUUGGCUCAAGAUGUUGUUACCGAAGAACACGUAUUUGUUGCUCAUCAUGAUCGCGCUAAAAUUUCUUUGAACGAAGCUAUUCGGAUAUCGGCGCAACUCGCGCUGGAAGAUCAUCAAAUCAUUAAAAUAAAAACCAUCGAGCUAGUGGAAGAUGUCGAUGACGUUGCAUUAGAAUAUCUCUCUUCUUCGUUGCUGGUUGAGGCUUUUGGUGAUGUGCCAUUAAUACAAACAAACAUCACUCUAUUAACAUCGCCGAAUCGUUUUAAUUCAGCAGAUCUACCACAGAACAUUACAAUCGGAGAUUUAAACAAACCAUCUGUAGAUGACAAAGCCUUAAUAGUUGCAGGAUUCAACCUUUUGACCAAACAACAAGCUUUGUUAGAACGACUUUUGUCAUUUCUGAGAGAAGGUGGUUAUCUGUUGUCACGUGAGAAAUGCGACGUAAUUGAUUACACCAAAUAUUUACAGCAAUACGAAUUAAAUGUUAUUCUUGAAAAGCGCACCGACAAAGAAAUGAUUGUGCUUCUGAAGAAGAAAAUUCCAAUAGGAAAAAGAAUUGUUGUUUACAUAAAUAAUGAUAACUUUAAUUGGCUGGAAGAUUUAAAGCUACUUGUGAGCGGUGAGAAGAAUCUCGAAGAAAAAAGUAGGAUUAUAAUUGUUGGAGAGAGAGAUUUCGAGUGCGGUUUGUUAGGUUUCGUUAAUUGUUUGAGAAAAGAGCCAGGCGGAGAGCUUGUUAGAGGUGUGCUUAUUCAAGAUGAAAUGGCGCCUAAGUUUUCUCUCCAGGACUCCCUCUAUAAACAACAAUUAGAAAAAGAUAUGAUCAUUAAUGUAUUGCGAUCUAAUAAAAACUGGGGAUCAUACAGACAUUUGCGAUUACUACGACCGGAAGCCGAACCCGUACCUACCGCUUAUAUCUGCCAAACGGUCCGUGGUGAUCUAAGUACAUUUUGUUGGAUAGAGAACAGUUUAUCUGUCGAAUCCCGUCGUGAGGAUUUGGUACGUGUAGUUUACUCAUCAUUAAAUUUCAAAGAUGUAAUGCUCGCGACUGGUAAAUUAGCAUCUAGUCAGGCGAUCUCACGAGGACGGUUAUCACAAUAUAUAUCCCUUGGAUUAGAAUACGUAGGAUUCGAUGCCAACGGGCAACGUGUAAUGGGAAUCCGUGAUACCAAUUGUAUCGCAAACGUUGUUGUGAAAGAUAAAGAUUUUUGCUGGAGGAUACCUGAUGCGUGGACAUUCGAAGCGGCUGCGACGAUCCCGUGUGUUUACAGCACGGUUUACUUAGCCUUAUACAUAUAUGGGAAAAUGAAAAAAGGCAAUAAGAUACUUAUACACUCUGGUACUGGAGGCAUUGGACAAGCAGCUAUUCAUCUCGCUCUCAAAGAAGGAUGCGAAGUAUUUACUACUGUGGGCACGAACGACAAACGGAACUUCAUUAAGAAGAUGUUUCCGAGUAUUCUGGAUGAACACAUUGGAAAUUCGCGAGAUACCAGCUUUGAACAAAUGAUAAUGCGAGAAACGAACGGUCGCGGCGUCGACAUCGUGUUAAAUUCAUUGGCAGAAGAAAAGUUAAUCGCGUCAGUUCGUUGCUUAGCGAAAAACGGUCGUUUUCUGGAGAUUGGCAAAUUUGAUCUCAUUUCUAACAAUCCACUAGAUACGUCCAUGUUUCAGAAAGGUAUUAGCUUUUAUGGGAUUUUACUCGACAAUAUGUGUACUGGCGAUCACAAGUAUAAGUCGCUAUUGUCCAAAAUGGUAGCCGACGGUCUUGAAGAUGGAACCAUUAAACCAAUUCAAGUAAAAGUUUUUUCAAAAAUAGAAAUCGAAGAAGCUUUCAGAUACAUGGCGAGUGGAAAACACAUGGGGAAGAUAAUUAUAAAUAUCCAGGAAAAGGAUAAACCUUUAGACAAGUCGAUUGUCGCAUAUCGUCGAUAUUACUGUCUCAGAAAUAAAAGUUAUAUUAUACUAGGAGGUCUGGGUGGAUUCGGUUUGGAGUUAACCGACUGGCUGAUAUUUCGGGGCGCCAGGAACGUCGUGUUGAUAUCGCUAACUGGAAUGAAAAACGGGUACCAACGCAUGAAAGUUCGACUAUGGAAAUCGUACGGUGUAAACGUGCUGAUCAUCAAGAAUAUCGAUGUUGCUGAUCCUAAGGACUGCGAAUACCUCUUGCGAAUUGCCGAAAGGGAAGCACCGGUAGAUGCGAUAUUCAAUCUCAGUGUGGUGCUGAAGGACAGUGUCCUGAAGAAUCAAACCGCGGAGACCUUUGCGGAGUCCUUCCAAUCAAAGGCUCGAGCAACGCAAACAUUGGACAAGCUUUCUAGAAAGAUCUGUCCUCAACUGCGGCACUUUGUAGUGUUUUCUUCCGUUUCCUGCGGCAGAGGAAAUGCUGGACAGACUAAUUAUGGCAUGGCCAACUCCAUCAUGGAGAGAGUGUGCGAGAAAAGAGCGGAGGAAGGAUUACCCGGAUUAGCGAUUCAGUGGGGGGCUGUGGGUGACGUGGGUCUUGUCGCUGACAUGCAGGAGGACGAUAAGGAAUUAAUUAUCGGUGGCACCUUGCAGCAAAAAAUAUCUUGCUGUCUCGACGAGCUCGAUAAGUUUUUAAUUCAAAGCCGACCGGUUGUAAGCAGCAUGGUCGUAGCUGAAAAGAAAGCGGGAUCUUCCGGGCUUGACAGACUGGUAAACACUGUCGCCAAUAUUUUAGACAUAAAAGACAUGAAGGUUGUAAGUCAAAAUUCAUGUCUGGCCGAACUUGGAAUGGACUCCAUGAUGGCCGUGGAAAUUAAGCAAACUUUGGAACGCGAGUUUGACAUUUUUUUGACUGCGCCAGAGAUACGAAAUCUUACCUUCGCGAAGCUCAAUAAGAUAUCCAAUGCAAAUGUUAGCGACGAUAAUACGCAAGACAAGAAAAAAUUUGAUAUAGUGGAGCCAGACGUUAUAAAAUUCCUAGUUGGUGUUCUAAAAGACGAAGAUUUUAUUUCAGAAGCCUGUUUAGAUGUCUCGACUAAAAGACAGAAAUCUACGACCGAAGUAUUUCUUAUACCGGGUAUCGACGGAUGUGGAACCAUAUUCAAUUAUUUGAUACCAAAUAUUAAAUUUUCAAUAACGUCCUUGCAUUAUAAUACAAACAACAUCGAUGCUACGAACAUUAUAUCGGAGACGACUGAUCAUCUCACAAACUACAUAUUACCAAAACUGAGAGGUGGAAAAGAUUUCGUAAUGGUGGGAUACUCUUUCGGAUCUAUUAUCGCAAUUGAGUUAACCAGAAGAUUGGAGGAUAUGAAUUUUAAAGGCCGGCUGGUUCUCAUCGACGGCGCUCCUGAACAAAUACAAACAAUGUACAAACAUUUUACAUCAAAUCCUAAUACAGAUCUUCAGAUUAUUGUUCUAACCAAUAUCAUGGAAGUUUAUUCAGCAGGAAGCAGUGAAAAAAUUCUAAUGGAAUUGAAGAAAUGUAAAACCUGGGAAGAAAGAUAUAAUAUUUUUGCUGAACAAUUCUUAGCUACGAAUACGUCACUCUCACCCGCAAAUUUAAAGACGCUAUGUACGACAGUUUAUAAAAAUGUAUCCGCAAUUCGGCAAUAUGAUCCUUCUACGUUGCCGCCUAUUAAGUCUUCCAUAAUAUUGCUAAAAUCAGCAUUCUCAUUGCAUAUACCACUUAAAGAGGAUUGUGGUUUGCAGAAGGUAACUCAAAAUCUGGUGAAAGUACAUUACAUCGACGGUACUCAUGUGACGAUCCUGAAGAGUGAGAAAGUACUAGCUGCGAUUAACGGAGAGCCACCAUUUAUAAUUUAAUGUUUUAAUUUAUUUAUACUUUAAAUUUAAAGUCACAUUUGUUCCUUAUACAUAUAAAUCUGUAUCUCUGUAUGUGUAGGUACUGGCUGUCUCAUUUUAAACUACUUUCCAAAAGUUUUACUCCUUUUAAUUUUAAAAGAAAAUGUUUUAGACAAAAGUUGUAUAAUCAGCAGAUGGACAAAUAAUGAUGAAAUAA